AACUAAAACCAAUUAGUCCAAAGUGCCAUAAUUUGGUAAAAACUGGGGAUGUGAUUUAACUCAAAAGGCGAGUACAACUCCUCAUUUAAAGAGGGAGCAAAAAAGCAGAUUGUCAGCAUUGGCGUGCAUAUCAUAGCAGAUUGGGCUCUCGGGGUCUUCAUCCUAAUCACUACAACCCCCUCUCUCAAUCUCAAUCUCUGCAAAAUACAACUCAAAAUGAUUUCACCCAACACAACAUAAAAUCAAAACAAAAAGAUUACAACUUGAAAGCAGUAUUUCAUCUUUUCUUUAGUGGUCCUUUUCCUCAAGAUUAGGGUUUUGAGAUUAAAGGAAAAAAAGAAAGAAAAAGGGUAAAGAUUCUGAAGAAAGAAAGAGUAGUGACUCUCUGGGAUUCUUUACGAAACUGGAACUUGCUUCAAUCGGCUAUCGUGUUCUUCACCUUUUUCUCUCUACGGAUCCACAUAUAUGAAAUAUUGUAAUGUAAAAGAUGCUGUUUUGUAAGUAUUUCGAGGGUUUCUCGAUCUUCAACGGUUCUAAGGUGUUGAAAUUUGGGGAUGUGGAUGAUCUUCACUUGCUUUGAGCUGAAAACAAGAUAAGCAAGUUUUGAAGAGAAGCUACACAAGAUGAAGUUCAUGAAACUUGGAUCCAAACCCGAUUCGUUUCAGACUGACGACAACAAUAUUUGGUAUGUGGCUUCUGAAUUGGCAACCGAUAUUGUCAUCAAUAUAGGAGAUGCAAAGUUCUAUCUACAUAAGUUUCCUUUGUUAUCAAAAAGUGGUCGUUUACAGAAGCUAGUAGCAAGCACCAAUGGUGGCAUUGGGGACGAAAUCGUCAUUCAUGACAUUCCCGGUGGGCCCGCUGCAUUUGAAAUAUGUGCCAAGUUUUGUUAUGGCAUGACGGUAACCUUAAACGCCUACAAUGUUGUCACUGCUCGAUGUGCAGCCGAUUACCUCGAAAUGCAUGAAACAAUGGAGAAAGGAAACCUGAUUUACAAAAUCGAUGUGUUUUUAAACUCGAGUAUUUUCAGAAGCUGGAAAGAUUCAAUCAUAGUACUUCAAACAACCAAAUCAAUGAUGAUGUUGUCUGAAGAACUAAAGCUAGUGAGCCAUUGCAUUGAGUCAAUAGCUUCAAAGGUAUCGGUUGAUGUUUCAAAGGUUGAUUGGUCGUAUACUUAUAAUCGGAAGAAGCUUCCGGAAGAAAACGAUAACCGUAUGUUAACUGGAGGACUUAGGACAAUAACUGUCCCAACCGAUUGGUGGGUGGAGGAUCUUGCUGAGCUGGAACUCGAUUUGUACAAAAGGGUUCUUGUUCAUAUAAAAAACCGGGGUUUAGUACAUGAUGAAGUGAUUGGUGAAGCUUUAAAAGCUUUUGCUUCUAGAAGAUUACCAGGGUUUAACAAAGGGGUGAUACCCAGUGGUGAUUUGGUAAAAACUCGAUCCAUAGUCGACACGAUUGUAUGGCUUUUACCCUCUGAAAAAGGCGCAGUUUCUUGUGGUUUCCUGCUUAAACUGUUGAAAAUGGUGAUUUUGGUUGAUUCGGGUGAAAUGGUGAAGAUGGAUUUGGUUAAAAAGAUUGGUCAACAACUUGAGGAGGCUUCGGUUCAUGAUCUUUUGAUUCGGGCUAAAGAAGGUGGGAUUGAUUCCACCAUUUAUGAUGUGAAAACGGUUCAGAAAAUAGUUGAAGAGUUUAUGGUUCGUGAUCAAGAUCGAAAUGGGGAAUUUGAAGUAGAUGGAAAUGAGAUUCAAGAAGUGAGGAGGUCAACCGGAGGGAUAUUAUCAGAAGCUUCAAAAUUAAUGGUUGCUAAACUUGUUGAUUCUUACCUUGCUGAGGUGGCGAAGGACCCGAUUUUACCUUUAUCAAUGUUUGUCGAUCUUGCUGAAACAGUUUCGGUUUUUUCAAGACCAGCUCAUGAUGGUAUUUACCGCGCCAUUGAUAUGUAUCUCAAGGCGCACCCUGGGAUUAGUAAAAGUGAGAGGAAGAGAAUCUGCAGGUUGAUGGACUGCAAGAAACUUUCAGUGGAAGCAUGCAUGCACGCGGUUCAAAACGAGCGGCUGCCGCUGCGUGUGGUGGUGCAAGUUCUGUUUUUUGAACAGGUCCGGGCGGCAGCUUCCUCCGGGAGCAGCACACCGGACCUCCCGAAAGCAAUCAAAGAUCUGAACAGCACCUCCCAUGGGAGCUCAAGGUCAACCAACACCAACACAGAAGAAGAUUGGGAUGCAGUUGCUACAACUGAAGAACUUAAAGCUUUAAGGGGUGAGCUGGCAUCCCUGAGACUUGAAAGAAACGGUGGUGGACAUGCAAAGAGCCCUUUAGCUGACAGGAGUUCUGUUCAUAAGUUGAAAGGUUUGGUUGCAACUAAGAGGAUUUUGACUAAAAUAUGGUCGAGUAAAGGUGGUGGGACAGGAGAGAAUAGUGGGUCGGAUUCUUCUGGAAGUCUUGGGUCGGGUAACCGUGAUGAACAUGUGAAAAUUGUAUCCACUCCUUCGAGAAAAGGGCGGCAUUCGGUGUCUUGAUAAUUUGAUUUUUAUAAUGUUUUUGUUAAUGGGGGAUGAUAAAAGAAGGUAAGGUAGAGAUGAUGAAUUGAUGAUGGUGUAAGUGUUUUUUUUUAUGUUAGGAGAUAUCAUAAGUUGUAGUAGUAAACUAGUAAGAAACUAAGAAUCUCUGAAAAUGGUGGAUGUUUUGUGUUAGGGUGAAAAAAAAAAGUUUAUUUAGGGAUAUUGGGGUAAAAGAAGAAACCCUG